AUGGGCAGCAACAGAAAGAACAGGAGACAAAGCCUUUUUCCAAACUGCAAACUUGCAGGAACGAGCACCUCUGGUAACAAGUCAAUGGACAACACUGUUCCUUUUGCCCAAGAGAGUAUGAUCAAACAAUGGAAUUCGUGGAGUGAACUGACAAGCGAUAUUUACAACAUCUAUGCAGAUGAUGAGGAUGAGGAAGAUGAAAGGCCAUUAAUGCCUCUUUUGAAGCUCAGCACAUCUGCAAAGAAUUACAUGCUCAACAUCAACGUGGGAGGAAAGUCUUAUCAGCUGUCCUACAAGAUGGCUGCCAUGUACCCUAAGACUCGAAUAGGGCGCUUGGCCACUUACACAGACCACAGUAAAAAGCUGCAUCUGUGUGAUGACUACAUUGUGAAGGACAACGAGUAUUUCUUUGACCGAGAUCCAGAUAUUUUCAACAAUAUUUUCAACUUCCACAGAACUGGAGUGCUUUGGAUCAAAGAUGAGCUUUGUCCUAGAAAUUUCUUGGAGGAGAUCGGCUACUGGGGCAUUCGGAUCAGGACAGCGCAUCGCUGUUGUCGAAUCUCCUUUGAGGAGCGUCAUGAUGAGGUCAGUGAGCAGCUCAAAGUUCAGCGGGAACUUGAGGCUGAGCUGGAGAUAGAGGAACAUGAAGAAGUAUUUGGGGACAUGGUCUUGGGACCAGUUCGUAGAAUGAUCUGGAACUUCAUGGAGAAACCUUUCUCUUCCAUUCCUGCCAAACUCAUGGCAGUGGCCUCCAGCCUGUUUGUUUUGAUGUCCCUGGUGGCCAUGACACUCAGUACCGUGGAAGAGAUGGAAUACAGACCCGAGUCUAUCCAGAGUAGCACAGAAACAUAUGGAGAAACUGUUGAGACCAUCUGCAUUACCUUCUUCACUCUGGAGUAUCUCCUGAGACUUAUGUCCACGCCUGACCUCAGCCGCUUUGCAAAGAGUGCUCUAAACAUCGUGGACUUGAUUACCAUCUUCCCCCAGUAUCUCCACAUGGUCCUGGAGAGGGUGGAGAACCCUAGCAGUGACAUCAAAACUGUAGGACAUAUGGGGAAACUGGGUCAGGUUCUGUGCAUUAUGAAACUAAUGCGCAUUUUCCGAAUCCUGAAACUUGCCCGUCAUUCCACAGGGCUGCGGGCAUUUGGCUUUACGCUGCGACAGUGUUAUCAGCAGGUGGGCUGCCUCCUCCUCUUCAUCGUUCUGGGGAUUUUCAUCUUUUCUGCGAUGGUGUACUCUGUGGAACAUGAUGUCCCCAAUACCAAUUUCACCAGUAUCCCCCAGGCCUGGUGGUGGGCAGCAGUGAGUAUCUCUACAGUGGGCUAUGGAGACGUGUUCCCAGAGUCUCUGCUUGGCCGGAGUUUUGCCUUUGGAUGCAUUUCUUUUGGGAUUAUCCUGAAUGGCCUCCCCAUCUCAAUGCUCUUCAACAAGUUCUCAGACUAUUAUGCCAAGCUGAAGGACCAUGAAUACGCAUCCAACCUGAGAAACAGAGGAAAGCUCCAAUUCAUGCAGAGAGCAAAAAGAAGAAUGACCAAGUGUUGUCUGGAUACAACGGCCAGAUGGUCAGCGUUGGUGGCAGGAAUCAUCUAUGGGAAGAGGCGAUAUGAUCACCUGAAACCAAUCGCAGAGGAGGAGCGGAGGAUUGAAGAGGAGGAGAAGAAGAUUCGAGAGGAAAAGGAGCGAAUUGCCAAACAGCUUGCGGAGGGUUAG